AUGAGUUUUUAAAGAUUUUCAUUGGAUGAAAGUGGAUUCAACUUUAAUCUAUUUCAUUUUUUAUGGUUACAGGAUCCAAUAUUUAAAAAUAACAUAAAAAUAGAUAUACCAGAUACAAUUUAGAUCAUUUAAGGAUAACCAUAUUUUUGGUAUUUCAGUCAUGAUUCAUAAAUAAUGAGAAAAAGCAAAUCAAAACUUAACUGGGAAGACAUCUUAAAUGAAUUUAUAACAGAUAAAGAAGAUUAACAUUUAAUAUGUGCAAUUUGGAUAAAGAAAUCUAAAAAUUUAACAACUUUUGAAUAUUUGUCAUAACAUUUACUAUAUUAAUUUUUGACUUCAAAAAUACCAGAUAACACAAAAGGAUAUCUAUAAAGAUUUGUUUAUCCAAAAAGUAUAAAUGUUAUAAAUAAUAUUGAUUAGGUAGUUGUAAUGAGGUUAUUAAAUGUACAUGGACUAAUAAUUUAUGUUUCUUCGAAUGUUUUUCUAAUAAAUAUUAAAUUAACUUUUCAAAAGCUGAUAUAUAUUAAAGAGCAGUAACUUUUGAAAUGUUGAAUGGACCUAUAGAAUAGAGAAUCUUAAAAGGAACUUCUCUUACUUAAAGAUUAGAAUUAUUAUGUGGAUUAAUUGUUUCUCAUGUAGCUAAUGUUACUUAAAAUUAAAAUUAAAUAUGUCAAAUGGAAAUAUUAUUUAAGAUAGCCAAAAAAAAUAAAGUAUACUUAUUAUUCAGUUCAAAAAUAUUGACAUCUAAUAAUAAUUUAAAACAUUUAAAUUAGCGUAAUUUACUUAUUUAUUUAUUUAGCUGAAUUCGAAAUUUCAAGCAAAAUAUAAAAAUAACUUAUUAAUUAUCCAAAAGCAAUAAUUUUAUCUGAUAAUUCUAAAUGUAUUGGAUGUGAUAAAGAUAAAAAUUAAAUAGAAUUUUCAAAAGUUAGAUUAAAAGAUAUUAUUUAAAAUUGGGAAAAUAAUGUAAUAAUAAGAAAAUCAUUAAAUUUAAAAUUUAAUCGAGAUAAUAUAUUAAAAUUAAAUAAUAAUCUUUAAGUUGGUUAAAUUAAGAUUGAUUAAUAAUAAUUGAUCCCAAGAAUUAUUAAAAUUAUGUAUCCAAAAAUGAAUAUGUAAGAAUAUAAAGAAUUCAAAAUGAAUCUUGUUUUUCUUAAUUAAAUGAUAUCUUUAUGUAAUGAAUGUUUUACUAAUAUAUUCAAUAAACAAGAAUUAUAAUCAUAAAAGUAUUCAAUCUUUAGAUAAAAUAUAAAAAGAAUUCAUAUGAAAACAUAAAUUGAUGAUGCCUCAGAUUUAAUAUAUAAUAUAUAACCAAUUCAAACAACAACCAAUAAAAUUGAUUUACUAUUCAAUUUUAAUUAAAAUAAAACUAUUCUUAAUUACACUAGUAAAAGAAUUAAUGGAGAAUAACUAUAAAUACCUUAAAUUAAACAUUUAUCAAAAACUAUUUUUAAAGAUUAUCAUCAUAACAAUUCUAAUUUUAAAACCAAUUAAUCAUCAAAAUAAGAAUAAUAAAAUUCACACUUUAAAGAUUUUGAAUGA